CGUGCACCUGCGAGACCUGGCAACAGUCAACAAUAUGGUGGACAACAUUUAAAAAAUGGAACAAAAUUAUAUAAAUACUUUCAGUGUUUUCACCGUGAAAAAUGCCAAGAUAGACCUAAAUGAGGGAUUCAUUUACACUAUGAAUGUACACUGUUAGUAAGGCGAAUAGUUUAAAGAGAUCGCCAUGCCGCUAAACUGGGUGAAAGGCGAUUAUUUCGCCAUGCUCAUGCACACAGAUAAACGGGCACAUGGAGCCUUGGAAAUGUUGGUCGACGAUCUCCAUGCGCAAAAGGAUAGCACUAUCAGCCAUUUUCUGUGUCAUUCAGGGUCUGAAGAUUUUCUAUGGGGCCUUGUGAAGCUUAUUGGCAAUGACAAUCCAAGAGUUGCUGGGAAUUCUGCCUACAUAAUUGGCACCAUUGCUGAGAGUGAGAUAGGCUGUGUAAGAAUUAUGGGAUUGUUAGCCUCCACACAACCUGAAGCUCACAAAAUCCUAUCAGAUCUGACCAGAAUGUUGACCUUUGAUGAUUCAGAGAGUGUGAUGAAUGCAGCGGGCACCAUGGGAACACUGGCGGAAUCUCAUGAAGGGAGGGAGUGGAUGCUAGGGGAGAGUUGCCUUGAUGAUACAAUAACACACAUAACAGCACUGCUCAAUAAUGAAAACAUGUGGACAGCUAGUAAUGCUGCACUUGUCCUUGCGAGGUUGACAAUAGCAGAGGAAGGCUGUAGUCGACUAUUGGAACACAAAGACACAUCUGUAAUCCUCUCCAAGAUCGUCAUGUCCCUGGGGGUUGAUGAGGCUGGUCGUGGAAUGAAUGCAGCAUUUGCUAUUGGUCGUAUGUGUGACAUGGAAGAAGGCAGAACCAGACUUCUGAAGAUACCUGAGUCAGAGAGAAUGAUCUCAUCUCUAGCCAAGAUGCUGUGCUGUAAUGAUACAGGAGCCAGUAAGAAUGCUUGUUUUGCACUCAGUUGCUUAGCAACCAAUAAAGAUGGCCACGCCCGCUUGUUGAAUAACGCACAUUCUGAAGAAGUACUUCGCACCCUCGCUACAUUACUGUGUGCAGAGGAUGGAGAAACUGGCUGGUUCGCUGCAAUGACCCUGAGGACCCUAGCUAGCCAACCUGUAGGCUGCCUGAGACUGAGGGAACACAAGAUUGUCAUCCCAGCACUUCUGGAAGUGGAGAAGCAGAGUGAAGUAAGCCCAGACCUAUUGGAGGAGGUAGUUUCAACUUUAGAGAUUCUCAAACGUCUCUCUAAACCACCUCCUCCCUCCGCUGAAGUUCAAGGCCCUACACAAAUAGAGCUGACCUGGGCUGAGGUGACAACCAAGAGUGGCUUUAAUGUAAAGUACAUCAUCUAUGAUGGCAACAGGGCAGUGUACCAGGGCAAAGAGCUCAGUCAUACAUUCACAAAUCUUGCCCCUUAUACCACAUUCAACUUCAGACUGAGGGCUUCAACAACAGGGGAUGACAGCCCUUGUAGUGAUCCUGUUACCGUGACAACAGAAGAAUCAGUGCCUGAAGCACCCACAAACCUUAGGUUCUUAGGUAGCACAACUACACAGUUGAAGGUUGGCUGGGAACCCCCUGAGAACAGUAAUGGGCAGUUGAAGAACUACUUUGUAUACCAAGGAAACAGUUGUGUAGACCAUACUACUGAACUGAGUGCCAUUAUAAGUGGGCUGCACCCAAACACGACUUAUGAAGUCCAUGUGUGUGCUUCUACUUCUAAAGGCAAGGGACCUAAAGCAUCUAUGAGUGGUUCAACCUCUGAGUUAGGUGCCCAUGCCCCAGCCAAACCAACGGUGCAUGUGAUUGGUAGAAAUGAACUGAAGAUAACAUGGGAUGCCCCAGAGGUGCCACUUGGACGAAUAUCUAAGUAUGAGGUCACAAUGAAUGGGAAAGUAGUAUAUUCUGGAAAUGCUUACAGUUUUUCUCCACACCGACUAACUCCUGAUACUGAAUAUGUUGUAACAGUGGCUGCAAUAACCAAUGAAGGGCGUUGUGAAAGCAAACCUUCUAAGAAACGUACCGCAAAGGAUGAGUUUGAUGAAUCUACCAGGCCACCUCUGUAUCCAGCUCCAACCACUGUUAGACAUAACACUAUCCAUGUCGAUGAUGGGGUCAAAACAACAAAAUCCAAGAAAAAGAAGUCGCAUCCAUUGACACCUGAUGGCACAAAGCUUCAUAAUAACCAUGUUCGAUCAACAAGUGCAAUAUCAAAGCCACGGAGUGCCCCCGCCAGCAUGCACAAAAAAUCACGAAAGAACAAGGCAAAAGAUGACACGAAUACUCCCGUCCUUGAGUCUCUAGAUCUGACCAGGCCACAGUCAGCCUCUAGCAGCGAAAGUGCCAAUAGGAAGGAGGGCCUUACAACUGUGAAACAAGAAGAUAUAGAAAAUUCAUCAAAAUCAACAAACAGUGGGGAAAAGCAUUCAAAGCAGAUGCACUCGCCCAAUAAACUUAAGAGUGAGAGUACCAAGUUAACAGUUAAUGUGCCUAAGGCUCAAUAUGAUAAUUCACACUCAUCAAAAUCAAAAGACAUGUCACAGAUGGCUCAGCGCCAUCUUUUAAAGCCAACAAGUAGUAGUGAGGACACCGACCCUGAAGUUACGGUUGCCAAGAAAAAACAUAAAAACAAAAACCGUGAGGGACUAAAAUCACCAAAACAUUUACACGAGCUUGACCCUCAUAAACAUAUGAAAGCUAAAAAUGACAAAAUGGAUGUUUUAACAAAAAUGGCAUCAAAAUAUUCAACUAAAAGUGAGAAAAUAGAUAAGACUGAUAAUCUCGUCAAGACAGAAUCUCAAGAACAAUCUAGUAAAGACUCCCUGCAUAGACAUAAAAUUUCUAGUCCUGAGGAGGCUCCACCCCAAUGGGGGAUAGAACAGUCCACUGCUACCAAGCAGUUCUACUCCAAUAUGUCUAGGCAUCAUGGGAAAUUACCUCCUGAGGGGGACACUCGUCCUGGCCUAACAGGAUUUGAAAUUGAUCCAUCGUGGCUUGCUCAGGCCCAAAAACACCAAGACCAGGAGCUUAACAGACAAUUUAGUACAAGUAUUAGCCUGACACAGACGGGAAAGGCAUCUAGGAACUACCCCUCCACUCAACAAGGUUAUGGUGACAUUGACCUACCUGCUCCAAAAAUACCACACAGGACUAACACAUUUCUAGGUGCUCAUAGGCCUAUACUAAAGAGAAACCUUGAGAAACCCACGGUGAAGUCAGUGGCGCUAUCUAACACAAUGUCCACUCAUCAAUGGCAACCCGAUUUCCCAACAAGCCAGGUCCAACACAGUGUUCCAGGAAAGGGAUUUGUACCCAUGCAAUGCAGAACCCAACCACUAAAUCUACCUGGCCAUGUGGGCGCUAAUCUGCGAAGGGGAAACACAAAUCUUAAUGUUCUUGAGCGGAAUUCUCAUGUGAGGCAGCUAGAAGCCCUUGCUAGAAGUCAAACCCAGAUGGAUCCCUUUGGAAACAUAGGUGGCUCUCAUGAUCCAAACUCUGCUGGUGGGCCCUCUGGUGAUGCCCACUUAGGUAUGAUGGGGGUGGGCCAGCGAGCUCCCCCUAAAUUAGCAGUUGCUAGGGACCAGACCUCAAGGCCUCAUGGUACUAAGUCCAUAUCUCCAAGAAGGCAUUCCUCUCCCAUGCAUGGUGUCACCUGACAUCAUGAAGACAUAACCAAGAUGUCUUAACUCAAAAAUAAAAAAGCACUGUGUCAUAUAAACUCUCAGCAUUAUUGUGGUGAAAUGUUUGGAAGCACAUUUCCAUAUUAGUGGCAAAGUUGGACUUUGAUUGAACUUCAAACAUGGACUUAAAUUUAUGAUUUCCUCUCAGCCUCAGUCUCAACCGGAGUAGCAGUUUACAGUAUAAAAUCUGUCUAUGUUAACAGCAAAUGUGAAGGGCAUUCACCUUAGACAGGUUUUAAUGCACUUAUAUUUUCCUGUUCUGAUUUGUUUUUACAAUUAUAAUUUUCUUACAUGUUAUUGAGGUCAAAGUAUAUUCGUAAUGAUACAGUUUGAAAUUGUUAUACAUGUACAUGAAUUACAUUGUACCAACUUAACUGUAAUACAAGUAAUUAAAUGUGAUAUGAAAGUGUUCCUAUCCAGUUAUACAUUUAAAACCUGUAAAAUAGAAAAGUGGUACUAUAGUACAUGUAUUUCCAAGUUAUCAAGGGUCAUCUUCUUAUACAGGUUACUUUUACAGUUCUAGGAUGUAAUAAAGACAAAUAAUAGUUUCGCUUUAUAUAAUUAUUAUAUUGAUAAAUUUUUAUACAAAAAGUGUCAAUAUUUUAUACAAGAAACUUAUCUCUUUAGGCCCAUUUUUGUAAACAGUAUUUAGAAACAGGUUUUAUACAAUAUUAGAAUCUAGUUCAUUAUAGGGAAGGAUUAAAUCAGAGUAAACUUAUUAUAAAUAUGUUAGUGUUUGACUAUUAAAGGCAUUAAAUACCAUAGAAUGGCAAAUCACAGGUUUCUGGAAAGAAUGAAAUUAAAUGUGGAUUUUCAAGGUUGAGCAGUGCUCUUUUAGGAUAUAUCUGAAAUUAUUUAAUUUAAAUAAUAGGAUCAAUAGAGAGGCUUGUAAACCAAGCAAUAACUUUGUAAGUCAGAAAAAUAAGUGUGAAUUAUUUAUUACAUUUUGAAUUACCAAGGUAUGAACUUUUCAUGAUUGGAAAUCAAACUGGUAAACUGGUAUGUAUUUAUUAUUCACUUCCUUUAAAUAUCAUUCUACAGUUCCUUGUAAAGUGUGAUAUAUGAUAUAUUUUGUUAUAAACUCAAUCCACAUAGUAGAAUGGUAGAUUACUAUGUACUGU